AUGUCAAACUUGGCUUACAAAUGUUUGAUGGAAACAAACAAGUUGACUGGGUCAAAUUUCACGAAUUGGCUCUGUUGUUUGCGCUUGGUGCUAAGGCAUGACAAGGUUGAGUAUGUCUUGGACAAUCCUAUAGGUGUCAUCCCCAAUAAGGAAUCUCCUGAGUUUGCUACGUUUAACGUUGAAGCUCAUCAGAAACACGUUGAUAAUGCAUCUGAUGCUCAGUGUGUCAUGAUGUCUUCUAUGAGGUAUGUGAUACUUCGCGAUCUCUUCAAGUGCAAGCUACAUGCUGGAGGCAAGGUUUAUGAGCAUAUGCUGAAAAUGAUUGAUUUGAUUGAGAGGUUAGCAUCGAUUGGAACGGUGCUCCCCGCAAAUAUCUCAACAAAUCUAAGUCUUCAGUCUCUUCCUAGCAGUUUUAAAAAUUUCAUUGUGAAUUUCAACAUGAACAACACGAAGGUUGGGCUGCCAGAAUUGCACAACAUGCUUAAGACUUAUGAGUCUUCCGCUGCUAAAGUAAAAUCUGUGCUCAUGAGACAUUGGAAGAGAGACUACCCAAAAUUCAAGGCACUAGGUGCAGAAAGUGGGAGCUCAGGGUCUAAGUGA